GUUAUAGAUCAAAGUGUUGAGUACCAGAGUGUUAUAGAUCAAAGUGUUGAGUACCAGAGUGUUAUAGAUCAAAGUGUUGAGUACCAGAGUGUUAUAGAUCAAAGUGUUGAGUACCAAAGUGUUAUAGAUCAAAGUGUUGAGUACCAGAGUGUUAUAGAUCAAAGUGUUGAGUACCAGAGUGUUGAGUACCAAAGUGUUGAGUACCAAAGUGUUGUGGAUCAAAGUGUUGAGUACCAAAGUGUUGAGUACCAAAGAGUUGUGGAUCAAAGUGGGUACCAAAGUCAUGUGGAUCAAAGUGUUGAAUACUAAAGCGUAGUGGAUCAAAGUGCUGAGUACUAAAGUGUUAUGGAUCAAAGUGCUGAGUACCAAAGUGUUGAAUACUAAAGUGUUGUGGAUCAAAGUGUUGAGUACUAAAGUGUUAUGGAUCAAAGUGCUGAGUACUAAAGUGUUAUGGAUCAAAGUGCUGAGUACCAAAGUGUUGAAUACUAAAGUGUUGUGGAUCAAAGUGUUGAGUACUAAAGUGUUAUGGAUCAAAGUGCUGAGUACCAAAGUGUUGAGUACUAAAGCGUAGUGGAUCAAAGUGUUGAGUACUAAAGUGUUAUGGAUCAAAGUGCUGAGUACCAAAGUGUUGAGUACUAAAGUGUUGUGGAUCAAAGUGCUGAGUACCAGAGUGUUGAGUACUUAAGUGUUAUACAAAAAGUAAUGCUCAGAAAAGAAUUCAUGAAAAAGUGUUUCUAAUAACGUUUCUGACACGUUUCUGUAAACAUUAUUUCUAAUAAGUGCUAUUGAAAAAAUCCUGCCAACUACUUCAAAUAAAUCAAUUUCUAACAAAAGUGUUUCAAAUGAAAGUGAUUCUAACAAAAUUUCUAACAAAAGUAUUUUCUCAAAAAAUGUUUUUGACAACACCAUCUGGGCCCCAGCGAGUCAUCCAGACGUCUGGGCCCCAGCUAGUCAUCCAGACGUCUGGGCCCCAGCUAGUCAUCCAGACGUCUGGGCCCCAGCGAGUCAUCCAGACGUCUGGGUCCCAGCUAGUCAUCCAGACGUCUGGGCUGCAGCGAGUCAUCCAGACGUCUGGGUCCCAGCGAGUCAUCCAGACGUCUGGGUCCCAGCUAGUCAUCCAGACGUCUGGGCCCCAGCGAGUCAUCCAGACGUCUGGGUCCCAGCUAGUCAUCCAGACGUCUGGGCUGCAGCGAGUCAUCCAGACGUCUGGGUCCCAGCGAGUCAUCCAGACGUCUGGGCCCCAGCGAGUCAUCCAGACGUCUGGGCUGCAGCGAGUCAUCCAGACGUCUGGGUCCCAGCGAGUCAUCCAGACGUCUGGGCUGCAGCGAGUCAUCCAGACGUCUGGGUCCCAGCGAGUCAUCCAGACGUCUAUAUUAAGUUACAGGAUGCGUGGAGUCGUGGUCGUUGCAGUGUUGGUGAUGGUGGAAAUGUUGUCCAUCCUCAACCAGGCAGAGGGACUUAAGUCUCAGGAACGUGAGGUGGUUGCCGAAUUAGCAGCCUACAUCCUGCGUGUAGUUCAUGGUCCCUUGAAUCUCUAUGCUGACUUACCAAGCAAACGAAACUCCGAAAUUCUUAACACCCUUCUGGGCAGCCCAACAUUAAUGUCAGAGGUCGGCAAGAGAUAAAUAACUCGAUCAGCUCUGUUAUAUUCUAAAAGGGUAGCAGCAGGUGCGCGCGCAUGUGUCCUCAGGAUUUGAACGUUCAUACUAAUGGCUAAUUGUCAACAAGUUUAUUCACAAUAAAUAUUGCAUCAUCAAA